AUGGUAAGUAAAAAUGUUUUACUAAAUCAAUUAACUAAACGUAAUCUAUCAUAACAUUACUGUAACUCGUGAACUGGUUAAAAACAAUGAACUUGGCUUUCUUACUUUUUGCAAUCGUCCUAGCCAAGAGCAAAGUCAGUCUUUGUAUUCUAAAGUGUGAUACAUUUGAACAGGUUCAUGACUCUGCUGCCUUUGAAUUAUCAUAUCAUGUGGUCAGCUCUAUAAUUCAAUAAUUAGUAUUGUCACACAGACUGAUUACCUAGUGUGGGGUGACAAACCAGUUUGUUGCCUCCAUAAGCUGACCCUGACAAAAGCAUUAUGCUGGUCGCUGUAUGUCAUAAUUGUCUAUCUCCCAGACUUUACUGUGGGUGAUAAAUUUUAGGCUCCCUAAAGCCACCCUGUCAAUUACCAAAAUGUUUCACCCAAAUGGUAAGAAAUAGUCCUUAUGGACACAUUCGAGAUGUCCUAAAUACUUUAGCCAUGUUCUUGAUGGGAUAGUGAAUUCUGAUGGGAUAGUGAGUAAGCUAUUCUGUUUCGUGAUUGUGUAUACAUUUUUAUUUGAAAUUAAAACAAUCCUUUUGAUCUUGUAGUCUAUGCAGAUGGAAGUAUAUGUCUAGACAUCCUUCAGAAUCGUUGGAGCCCAACAUAUGAUGUGUCGUCCAUUCUGACGUCUAUCCAGGUUGGUUUGUAAUCCUUCUCUUCUCUAUCAGUCUGAUGUCAUAAUAGAUUACUUUGUGUUCCUAUAUUUAAAAAAAUGUAAGUUUCUUUAUGUAGUGUACUUCAUUGUUGUUUUGCAGUAUAUUCUGUGAGAAAAAAAAUCCACUGCAAAGUACUUAUCUGAUCAUAGCAGCAACCUUUGGGUCACACUUUAUUUAGAUAGUAUGACCAUCUACAGAUGGACUAUCUGUUGAUAAGCAAACUGCUUGCUAAGGUUAGAGUUAGGUUUAGAAUAAGGGUUAGUAGAUAGUCUGUAGAGCAUCUACAAAUGGACUAUCCAAAAAGUGUUACCUACCUUUGUUGUAGCGUUGUCGUGGUAUUUCUGCUCCUGGAUAUACAUAAUACUGACUCAGCGUCCAAGAACCACACACUUUCAUACUGGUGUAGGGUCCAAGAACCACAACACGUCCAUACUGGUGUAAGUGUCCAAGAACCACACACUUUAUAUGGUGUAGGGUCCAAGAACCACACACUUGCAUAAUGGUAGUUAGGGUCCAAGAACCACACACUUUCAUAAUGGGUGUAGGGUCCAAGAACCACCCACUUCCAUACUGGUGUAAGGGUUCCAAGAACCACACACUUCCCAUAUGGUGUAGGGUCCAAGAACCACACACUUUCAUACCGGUGUAGGGUCCAAGAACCACCCCUGGUGGUAGUGGUCCAAGAACCACACAUCUUUCAUACCGGUGUAGGGUCCAAGAACCACACACUUCCAUAAUGUUGUAGGGUCCAAGAACCAACACCUUUCAUACCGGUUGUAGGGUCCAAGAACCACACACUUUCAUAAUGGUGUAGGGUCCAAGAACCACACACUUUCAUACCGGUGUAGGGUCCAAGAACCACACACUUUCAUACUGGUGUAGGGUCCAAGAACCACACACUUUCAUACCGGUGUAGGGUCCAAGAACCACACACUUUCAUACUGGUGUAGGGUUCAAGAACCACACACUUUCAUACCGGUGCAUUCAAUCACUUUUUUGUGUGUUUACAGUCGCUGUUGGAUGAGCCGAAUCCUAACAGUCCAGCCAAUAGCCAGGCUGCACAGCUUUAUCAAGAAAACAAGCGGGAGUACGAGAAGAGAGUUUCUGCCAUUGUGGAGCAGAGCUGGGUAGACUCCUAA